AUGUACUCGUUCCCCAUCCUGAACGCCAUCUUUCGCUCCCUUGACAUCAACGUGGACACCCCGCGUCCAGUCGCCCCCAACGCCCAGCCCCUCAACUUCGACAAUGCUGCCAAGGCGAUUCAGCAGGUCGAAGCCACUGACCACGCCACCGCCGUGCCUGUCAAGCACGAGUUGAUUCAGCCCCAGCCCCAGGGGUCUGCCAACCACAUCGCGGCAGCCAACCACAUCGCCGCCACAAGCCGCAACUCCCCUGCUCAUCCUUCCUCCUUCCCUCCCAUGUCUCCCCCCACAAUGCUCCGUGCCCAACAAUCUUUGGGGACCCCCACCACUCCUCAGCCUCCCCGACGCCCUGCUCUCAACCCACUCCUUCUCUCUCCCGUAUCGACUUCAUCGUCCAAGGGGGCAGCUUUCGCUCAUGUUCGUCGAACGGAGCCUUCGCAGAGGAAGGGCAUUUCUAUUCGCGGUAGCUCAACGGCCUCCCUCCCUAGGUCACACACUACCCCUUCCAGCGGGAGUACGAUGACUGCGAGCGACAUCUGGGCAGUGCGUGCUGUUCUGGCUGGCCCAAACCCUAGCCCCCAGGCUGUUGCCAAUAGUUUCCGCUGGGGAAAGGCUUCCCUUUCUGCCCAGGAACGCGAGACCAGGACGGGUGAAGAGGCUCGCAGCGACCACGAGGCUAUCGACAACGACGAGGUAGAACUGCUUUUCGCAAGGCUCGCUGCCUGGCAACAGACACUAGUCGACAACAACCAGAAGUUGAUCAAGCGCCUUAACGGGCGAGACUCUGAACUUGCCGAGGCACGAUGGCUCCUGAAGGAGGCCCGUCAGGAUGACCACAAGAAGGGCGAGGAGAUCCACCACCUCCGCCAGAUUCUGAAGUCGGCCAACGCCCAACUUCAGGCUUCCGAGAAGGAAGGGGUCCGUCUCGCCAACACCCUAAAGGAGGCAGAGAACGUGGAGAAGCUCGCACACGACCUAAUGCGAGUGGUCAAGUGUCAGAAGUGUCUGCGCCGACACGUCUCUCACUGUCCUUGCUGUCCCCGGGUUGCUCGAUAUCUCCCGCCUACCCGUAUCCGCUCACCAUCUGGAUCCAUUCGCUCCCUCCGCUCUGCUGGUCGAAAGGCUCGCUCGUCCGAUUCCAACGGAAAGAAGCUUCGGUCCUUCCGGCUGGGCCGCAAGGACCGUCUUACCGCCCAGAGACUCUUCCCCUCAAAGAGUGUUGGGGACGUCGACAUGGCCGAGGGGCUCGGUGAUGGAGUUCACAAUGCUCCCAUCACGGAGCGCCAUGUACCAGCACUGGAGGUCAUUGACGCGUCGAUGGAGGCUCCUUUCGAUUUCCGACCGGGAAUGGGCAACAACCAUCUCCACCCAUACCGCGAGCCCCUCUCCUCUCGUCCCGAGGCUCCCGACCCAUUCUUCACCACGGACGACGACGAGCUCGUUGCUAACGAAGACGACGACGGUAUAUCCAGUGGAGAGGAGGUCGACCCCGCCCUACUCAAUGGCCUUGCUCGCGUUGACCUCCGCGAUAGGCCUCAGGAGCAGGCGAUGGAGUGGGAGAUGCAGCAGGCAGGGGUCGAGCCGGAGCAGAGGCUGCAGGCCCCUCUCGACCCUGCAACUUUCGAACCCGGUCCCGCCACGCAGUGGGCGAUGGAGCCAGUCGCGGUCGCACCCCAUGAGCUCCCUGCGCAGGGAGACUUUGGUUGGGACCUGGUGGAGCACGAGCUGGCUGUCCUGGACGGCCUGGUUAUCUACGACGCAGACGAUGUCCCCCAGCAACCUGAGGGGGGUAAUGAAUCUCCGAGUGAGGCAGCUGAGCAGAUUGCCAAGCAGGCAGCGCCUCAAGCCCAGCCACCGCAGUCGCAGAUGCCUCUCCUGAACCAGGGCGCUGCUUUCUCUGCCCAUCAGCAACUGGAGCAACUUCCGCAUGAGCUCGAGACCCGCCAAGAAUCAGAGCGCUCAGCAGAGAAGGAGAUGGAGCUAUGGGGCUGCAGCAACCAGGCGCAGGAGGAGGAGGGCGACUUCCUCGGCUUUGAGGAAACUUUCGCUGCCGAGGCCGACGGGCUCCUCAACGAUCUCUAUGAAGACAUCUUCGGUUACCAGGAACUGGGCCCUUUCGACGGCGCCUUUGUGGCCGACGAUGCCCUCAACGACCCCAACGAGAUGGUUGACAAAGGCGUCCUUGCCCAAGCGGACGCAUCGCACCUUGACGGGCUGACGCUCAAGUGGGCAGAGACUUUGGGCCGUGCGUCCGAGAACAAGGAGGACAAGAAGGCCAUCGUCGACGCGGCGAGGAACAGCGACUCGAACGCACAAGAUGCCGUGACUCACCUUGGGCUGUCGUUUGACCACCCCAACGAACGGGAUGGCUUUGACUUCGUCUCCUUGCGCACACUUGUGAGGGACUGCGAUCUCCUUGGAGAGGCAGUCGUCACCAUGAGCCGUCGCGCGACCAUCGGCGGCGACAUGUACCCCGUAGAGGCGUUGAAUGAGAUGAGCUGCCAGGGAGACGCCGUCGCGUCUGUCCGUCCUCCUCCCGCCCCUGGAGUGAAGAACGGCACCUUGGUUUCUGGAAUCGUGAACCGGUUUCAGGCCCAGAUCAACGAGCCGCCCGUUGACUUCCGCUCUGCCCCAAUCGCACCUCACACAGGGGUCCCCGAUGAGGACGACCAGGGGGGAAUGAACCAGGGACGAUUGUCGGAAUCGUCCGAGUCCGAGUCGGAGACCUGGAAGCACCAGCUCUCACCCUCGGGCCGCAAGAUCGCUCCUCUCCGGCGCUCGCGCCGCUAA